UUGAGCCAUAAAAUUAUCAAAAUGAAAAGGUUUUCCAUUGGAUGAGCCACUCUUUUCGGAGGCUAUGCUAUGCUCAACUCUAGUAGGCUAGAGAGAAGCUAUUUCAUGCAGAAGCAAAGACAGUUUGAUUUGAUUCACAGAUACAACAGGUUCCUCUCCCUCAUGAAAUUUGAUACCACAGCUUAUUGAGAUGAUGAGGAUCAUGCUAAAAUUCCUUAUAUGGGGUUCUCAAUCAGGUCUCGGAUCGAUCAACCAGGAAUGAGUGUGAUUCUUGUCAAUUCUGAAAGCCCUGCUGCCAAAGGAGGCGUCAAAGUAGGAGACAUCAUUUUAAAAAUCAAUGGGAAAGAUGUUAAUAGAAUCGAGGAAUAUUACAAAUCCAUGAAUAAUGUAAAAGAAGGUGAUACAAUUGAAGUCAUUGUUGAGAGAUAUCAUGAACUGAAAACUCUCAAUUAUAGAGUUUAG